ACUACGGACGAACAAUCUCAAGGGAUCCUUACCACGCGAGAUUGGCAACUUAACCAAGAUGCAAAUUUUAAUUCUAGACGAGAAUAGGUUUACUGGUGAAAUACCCAAAGAGAUAAGAAAUCUCGUUGAGUUGGAGAAGCUUGGUCUUGGAUCUAAUAGUUUUAGUGGUUCACUUCCAAUGGAGAUCUUCAACAUAUCACGAUUGAGACAUAUUGCUCUUACAAACAAUAAUCUAUCAGGAACUCUACCACCAAACAUAGGUUCUACCUUACCCAACAUUGAAGGACUUUAUCUGCAUGGCUUAACCAAUCUUGUUGGGACUAUUCCUCAUUCUAUCUCCAAUUGUUCAAAGCUUACUAUUCUAGAGCUUUCACAAAACAAAACUCACAGGAUUGAUUCCCAAUUCUCUUGGAUAUUUGACUCAUCUAAACAUCUUAAACUUGCGGAGAAAACAAUUUAACCAGUGAUUCAUUUUUAAGCUUCCUCACUUCCUUAACCAAUUGCACAAGAUUAACAGUUGUUUCUCUAUCUUUCAACCCUCUAAAUGCCAUGCUUCCGGUCUCCGUAGGGAACUUCUCCAAAUCUCUUCUAACCUUUUAUGCCGAUGCUUGCAACAUUAACGGCAAGAUUCCAAAUGAAGUUGGAAACUUAAGCAACUUAUUAAACCUUGAUCUUUCUGAUAAUAACUUGAUUGGAUCAAUUCCUACAUCAAUUCACAACUUGAGAAGCCUUCAGCGCUUCAACUUGAGUUACAACAAGCUUACGGGAUUUAUUGGAGAUAAUUUAUGUAAAUUGCAACAUUUGGGAGAAAUUUACUUGGGACAAAAUCAACUUUCAGGAUCUAUUCCUAAUUGUUUAGGGAAUGUUACUUCCCUUAGAUUGAUAUAUCUUACUUCCAAUAAAUUGAGUUCCAAUAUACCAACAAGCUUAGGAAAUCUUAAAGAUCUAGUGGUUCUUGACUUAUCGUCAAACAACAUGGUUGGUUCUUUACCUCUGGAAAUUGGAAAUCUAAAGGCUGCAAUAUAUAUGGAUCUGUCAAUGAAUCAAUUCACAAAUGGAAUUCCUAGAGAAAUUGGAGGAUUGCAAAAUCUGGUAUAUCUUUAUUUGGAACACAACAAGUUGCAAGGAUCUAUACCUGACUCAAUCAGCAACAUGGUAAGUUUGGAAUUCCUAGACAUUUCACAUAAUAAUAUAUCGGGAACUAUUCCCAUGUCUUUGGAGAAACUACAAUACCUCAAGUAUUUCAAUGUUUCUGACAACAAAUUGUAUGGUGAAAUACCCUUGGGGGGUCCUUUCAAGAACCUCUCGAGUCAGUUUUUCAGCGACAAUGAAGCAUUGUGUGGUUCUUCAAGAUUUAGUGUCCCGCGAUGCCCCACUUCAUCAAAGCACAGAUCAAAUAGGAAACAAAUGUUUGCUCUAUUUCUUAUGCUGGGAAUUGCACUUGUAUUUGUUCCUAUAGCCUUUCUGUUCAUAUGGAUAAGGUAUAGAAGAGGUAAAAGAGCUCCUCAACAAGCUGAUUCAUUGUGUAUUGUAACAACAGAAAGAAUUUCAUACUAUGAACUGCUCCAAGCAACUGAUACGCUUGGCGAGAGUAAUCUGAUUGGUUCUGGAAGUUUUGGCUCUGUCUACAAAGGCGUUCUCAGAAGUGGAACUGCCAUUGCAGUUAAAGUGUUCAAUCUGCAACUGGAAGCAGCAUUCAAGAGUUUCGAUACAGAAUGUGAAGUUUUGCGUAGCCUUCGCCAUAGGAAUCUCGUGAAAGUCAUCACUAGUUGUUCCAACCUUGAUUUUAAGGCUUUAGUGCUCGAGUAUAUGCCUAAUGGAAGUCUUGACAAGUAUUGUAUUCGCACAACUACUUCCUAGACAUCAGGCAGAGACUAAGCAUUAUGAU